AUGGCUGAUCAGAUAUAUUCUUCAAACAGAAAGUUGCAUGAAGACGGAGACUCAUUGCACUAUGAAUACAACACCUUUGACUUCCUUAAAGACGAAAGUGCAUUGAUUUCGAGCAAUGAAAGGAUUCGAGAUGGCACUCGGACCGUUCACAAGACUGAGCCUUGCAUUAUCGCAGCAGACUCUCUAGAUGGUGUUUGGAGCAAAGGCGGUAAUAUCAGUGCACGUGACGUGUACAAUGUGACGUCACUGCGCCGGGUAUCGGCAGGCGGUGCUUACACUCCUGCAGACUGUAACCCCCAGGAGUUCGUCGCAGUGAUUAUACCAUACAGGAACAGACGGUCCAACUUGCGGAUUCUUCUCUUUUAUCUGCACACGUUCCUUCAACGACAGAAAAUACAGUACACCAUUUUUGUUGUAGAACUGGCGUACCCAACGGUAUUCAAUCGCGGAAUUCUCGCAAACGUUGGCUACCUGACGGCGAAAGACAUUGGGCGUUUCACGUGUUACGUCAUUCAUGACGUCGACCGUCUUCCGACACGUGACGCCAAUCUGUACCGAUGCUCCCGCCAACCCCACCAUCUUGCAGUGAGGUCAUCAAAAUAUGGAUACGCACUGCCAUAUGGUCACUACAUCGGAGGAGUGAUCGCCUUUACCCCGGCUCAGUUCGAGGCCAUAAAUGGGUUCAGCAACGCUUACUUUGGAUGGGGGCGGGAGGACGAUGAUCUCAGAAAGCGCAUCACCAGCAAGGGUUACACGAUAGAACGCCCGGACGCGACCGUCGGCGUGUAUGAAGAGUUACCGCACCCUGAAUCGGACACCGCCAAUCCGAACAAUCCAAUCUCGUAUUGGACACUCUGGGAGCAGCUGGAAGACCUCGACUUUGCCGAUGAUUUGGCUCUUCUCUCCCACACCCAACAACAGAUGCAGGAAAAAUCAAACAUGCAAGAGGACAACUCAGCUAGACUAGGCCUCACCAUCAACAGAGUCCUGUCUCAGGUCUAG